AUUAGUAGAAGGUAAUAGGAAGACAAUUGUUCAAUGUUACGCCCUUAAAUAUGCCACGAACCAUAAGGUCCAGAGAUGUAGUCGCAACGCUGAAACCUACUCCAGAUCACACGUGUAGCCCACUGUCACGCUGUAUACGUUCUUUGCCUACAGAUGUGCGUGUUUGGGGGUCCUCACUCAUUGAACUAAAGCCAAGGUUAAUUAAAGGAAUAGUGCAGCGAAAUGUUUUGGCUUUUCAUAGACGUUUCAAACGUGUUGAAUUGAUAUCCAAUGGCCGUCGGGUGAAUCCAAAUGCCAUUCAGUUAAGUACUCUAAGGCCUCAGCUUGCUGGAGGGGAUUUAUUUAUUGCAGCGCCGCAACGUAGCGGUAAAACGUUAUUAUACCUACUUCCUGAAGCAUUACGUCAGGCUUACGGUAGUGAUAAUACAAACGUGCAAUUUAAACACAAGGUUUUGGUGAUUGUGCCUACAGUGGAUUUAGUUCUGCUUGGUAGUAGAUCUGCUUUUGGUGUUUUACGUCAAUCGUCUAGAGUCCUAGGAUUGUACUACAAGAAUAUCAUCAGUGGAGAGCAUGCAAACUUAGUAUCGGAAGCCGAUAUCAUAUACACCACGCCUAAUUGUGCUUUGAAGGCCAUUCUUGGCUCUCCUAACAUUUUUAAAGAUGUUAGAGUUCUGGUCCUUGAUGAAGUACACCGGCUAUUAAAAGCACAGUCUGCGUCGAUUGUUUUAAGGGUUAAAUCAUUGUUGCAGGCAGAUGUUCAAACCAUUGCAUUGGCGCCUCGAAAUGAUCACAUGUUGCGAGAAAUCGUGACUCGAGCUCUAAGGGUGGACAUGAGAUUAAUAUCGUUCUGUGGAGACCACGGUGGACAAAGGGUCACCCGGCAUAUUUGGGGUCCUCAGCGCAGUUCAAAAUCUGCUGAAUUGGCUCUAAUGGAUUUAAGUGGACCAACCACUGUGGAACAUACCAACACGCUUGAGAACAAGGUCCAUCGUACUAGACUCCAUAUUCUCGAACAUUCUAGAACUACGGAUCUCUAUGUAGGAGACUUCCAUAAAUGUGAAUAUAUUUUAGUAGAGCCUUACAAAUUAGCUGAACUUGUGAAUUGGAGUUUAGGUAUAGGUACCAAAUCUGUGGUAUUCUUUCCGACCGUUAGGAUGACUCAAUUUUGCUAUAUUUAUUUCAAGCAUUUUAGGCAAUACGACAACAAUGUUUAUGCUCUGCAUGGUGGAUUAUCCCAAGAAAAACGGCGUUAUUCCAUAGAUAUGUUUACGACCAUUAAUAAAGGCGUACUCUUCUCUACGGACAUUGGGUCGUUAGGUCUUAAUUUAGGUACUAUCGAUACUGUGAUACAUGUCGGUGCUCCGGAAUCGGUUGAUACGUUAUCAGAUCGUGUUAAUACUGUCAAUGGAGAUUUAAAUGGAGCACGUAAUAUAUUCUUAUUACACGACCUUGAUGCCCAUGUGCUCUAUGAGGCUUCGCAGCACAAUUGCGACAUAAGACCAACUACCGAUAAGAGUUACACUAAUAGUCAUUUUGAUGUGCAGCAUACCUGGGUGGAAAAUCCCUGUUACCGGGCUUCCUGUGAAUUGAUGUACCGAUCGCUAAUUGGCUACUACUGCAAUCAGGCAUAUAGGCUUAAAUUCGAGCGCUGGCAAGUACCUAGCCUGGUUAACGAAAUUGUUAAAUCAUUUGGAUUCACCGAUACAUUUAGUGUUACGAGGCAGUUUGCAUCCCGACUACAACUCUGGGAUGCUCCGGGUCUUGUCAUAGAACGAACAGCCCCAAUGAAGACUGAGCUUCAGGCAGCUGCGGCAGGUUACCCUGGUUUUCGUUCAAGAUAUUUACAAACUAAUGUGGCAAAUGUCGAUCAGCAUUUGAAACUUCGACCGCAAGAGGUCUAAUGUUAUAUCGGACACUUUAACGUAGCAUCC